CGUGUGGUUCUGUGUGAUUUAGACAACUUCAAGUUACGCCCCCCUCUUGCAGUCCGCAGACAGACCCCUCUCGACUGGGUUAGUUUGAGAUAGGCUACAGUUUCAAAUGGGAUAGGCGAGUUUGGAGUAUGUAUCAGACUAUUCAGAAGGGGAAACAUGUCUGUUUGGCCGCCAAAAAAUCAUGCUACCAGAGGUGGAAAGUGUAUUUUUUCACAUCAGGUAGGACACCUAUAAUGCUCUACAGAGAUUUAUGAUGCCCAUAUACGGCGGCACCUCCCCAGACAACGGCAGCAUUCGUGCAUCACCGCCGAGCUAAACUCAUCGUAAGGUAAACAGCAAUGGCUCUGAAAUCAAGGAGACCGUGGACGACCGUGAUUUUCGGCGUCUUUCUCGGAUUCACCGCGUCCUCUUGGCUCAUCGUACCUCAGGUUCUGGAAAGUAAAAGGAAAAAAUCUCCCGCGUGUUUGUACUAUAGUGACUCUUCCGUUGGUAAAGGUCCUGCCAUCCUCGGGCACACCGCGGCUAUCAAAGACCGGCACAGCCCGCAGUUAAGUCAAGAGGAGGACAGGAUAUUCAGUACGGGGAACAGUAGCGGAGAUACCGGGAGACCCAUAAGCAGACCAAAGCAUUUCGUCUAUGUCGGCGUGAUGACAGCAAAAAAAUAUCUUCGGUCUCGCGCCGUGGCUGCGUACAAGACCUGGGUGAGUUCCAUACCCGGGAAGGUGGAGUUUUUCUCGAGCGCUGGCUCUGGCACAGUCCACGUGCCCAUCCCUGUCCCUGUGGUUUCGCUGGCAGGUGUGGAUGACUCCUACCCGCCACAGAAGAAGUCAUUCAUGAUGCUGAAGUACAUCCACGACCACUACCUGGAUAAAUACGAGUGGUUCAUGAGGGCAGAUGAUGACGUUUACAUAAGAGGUGAGAAGCUGGAGUUGUUCCUGCGGUCGCUGAACAGCAGCAAGCCCCUUUACCUCGGCCAGACAGGCCUGGGCAUGGCUGAGGAGUUGGGCAGACUGGCCCUAGAGCCCGGAGAGAACUUCUGCAUGGGAGGCCCUGGGAUGAUCUUCAGUAGAGAAGUGCUACGCAGGAUGGUCCCUCACAUCAAUACCUGUCUGAGGGAGAUGUACACCACCCACGAGGAUGUGGAAGUGGGCCGCUGUGUGCGACGCUUUGGUGGAACACAAUGUGUAUGGUCUUAUGAGAGACACGUUCUGCUCCUUAAAAGAUGGAUGCAGCAGCUCUUCUAUGAGAACUAUGAACACAAGCUUCAAGGUUUCAUUGAAGAACUUCGCAGUAGCAAGAUCCACAAUGCCAUUACACUCCACCCCAACAAAAAGCCUGCCUACCAGUACCGGCUCCACGGCUUCAUGCUGAGCCGUGAGAUCUCAAGGCUUCGUUACCGCACCAUCCUGCUCCACCGUGAAGGCCUGAUUAUGAGUUACCUCAGUGAUACAAAAGUACUGUGGGAGGACCAACAGCUGGGGUCCCCACCUUCCUACAUGCUCUAUCAGCCCAAUGAGAGAAAUUAUGUCAUUGAGUGGGAUUUCCUGACAGGCCGCCAUAUUUAUUCUGCUGUUGAGAACAAGAUGGCUCGGCAAAGCCUUGGGAACUUGUUUCGGACUGCACUAGAAGACAUUAUACUCCAGGUCAUGGAAAUGAUUAAUGAGAAUUCGAAAACACGUGGCCGUGUAAUUGACUUUAAAGAGAUUCAGUAUGGCUACUAUAGAGUGGAUCCAAUGCAUGGUGCAGAAUACAUCUUAGACAUACUGCUUCUAUACAAGAAACAUAAAGGACGCAAAAUAACAGUGCCUGUGAGGCGGCACACUUACCUUCAGCAGUCCUUUAGCCGACCCUUCUUUACUGAAACUGAAGAGUUAAAUGUGGCUGAACUUGUGGCUGCCAUCAACUCUGAAUCCCAAUCCCUGUCUUUCCUAUCCAAUUCUCUGAAGUUCUUGUCUCCUUUCCAGGUUUAUGAAUCAACCAGGGAAAUGUGGAAGCAAAGCCAGAGAAAGGUCAACAUUCUUGUCCCAUUGUCUGGUCGCUACGACACCUUUGUCCGCUUUAUGGAGAACUUUGAGAAAAUGUGUUUGAUACCUAAACAAAAUGUUAAGCUCUCCAUCAUUCUGGUGGACAAUGAGAGCAAUCAAAACAGAGGAAAACACAUUCAGUUAAUCAAAUUCUACUACGGGAGGUAUCCCAAAGCUGACCUGUCCGUAAUCCCCAUGACAGGCAACUUUUCACGAGGACUGGCUCUGGAGCUGGGCUCCUCACAGCUUGAUAAUGACACUCUACUCUUCUUCUGCGAUGUUGAUCUUAUCUUUAGUGUUGAUGCCUUGCAACGCUGUAGAGACAAUACUGUCCAAGGGAUACAGGUCUAUUUCCCUGUUGUCUUUAGUCAGUACAACCCUAAGAUAGUGUAUUCUGAGAAGGCCCCAAGAGAAAACAAAUUUGUGCUCACCAAAAAAAGUGGUUUCUGGCGAGAUUAUGGCUUUGGAAUCACCUGUGUUUUCAAGAGUGAUUUAGUGAAAGCCGGAGGUUUUGACACCUCAAUCCUUGGCUGGGGAUUGGAAGACGUAGACUUGUUCACAAAAGUUAUUAAUUCUGGUUUAAAAGUGUUACGCAGUCAAGAACCAGGAAUUGUCCACAUUUAUCAUCCUGUCGACUGCAACACAAGUCUUGACCAGAAGCAACACAAAAUGUGCCUUCGGUCAAGAGCAAGCACGUUUGCAUCAACAAUGCAGUUAGCAGAGCUGUGGCUGGAGAAACACAUUGAGGAAGGGUAUAACAGAACUUCAUCCUGAAAUUCCAGUCCCCCUGGACUCCUCCAUGCAAGUUUACCUCAGUUCUGCUUUAAUGCAGACAGCGAUGGACUGUGUGUAUGUGUUGUAGUGUGACUGUGGAUCAGAGGGCUUCGUAUGCCGGAAGAUUUGACCCAGAAAGGACCCAAGACUAUCCUAUCCAAAACGGAGCUGGACCUAACCAUUUCAAACCACACAAGACCCCACAUUAGAGCUGGCUAUCGUUUAAAAAAUUUCAAUACCAGUACCAAAACCAGUACCCUUAAAGUGAUACUGAUAGCAAUAGAGUACUUCAAUUGAUACUCAUCAUGUGAAUGGAAGCAUUCAGUUGCGUAAAAUGCCACCACUCCUCCCCAUCCAAUUGAUUUUUACACAAAUACAUUUUGAAAGUGUUCUUUAAUUCGAUUUUCAUGAAAGACAUAACUGUAGAGAGCCAGCACAACAAACCAGCCUUGUUUAUCACAGUUUUGAGUAAUGGGAAUUGUUAAUUCUGAAGGAUAUAAGUUAACAGUUUGAGUCAAGCAUAGAGGUUGUAUUAGGCUAUGCAUAGCUCUGGUUGUGUCUGUUUUACAAACCAACUGCAAAAAAACAAACGCAAAGCCAGCGGUGCUGCUGAUACAGCGGAUUGUGAGCUGAAGUUUCCUCGAUUAACACGCCGAUCUCUUCGGCUGUCGCUGUCCCUCCUGCCUGGCCUGCCUGUGCCAGGUGUCCGCAAGGCAGACUGCCACACACUGGUCCGGAGCUGGGUCCGGGUCCAGCCCGCCGGAGAACAAGGAGAAGAAGUGCUCUGUAUGUGUGGAGGGGCAGCACGGUGGCAGCCCGCUGUAUAUUGCUGCUGUACGUAGCUGCGAUAGUGGGCCAAUCACACGUCACAUUAAAUCGAAGAAUGCUUGCAGUGAUUGGCUGCGAGCAAAACCAUGCAAAUAGUCUUUUUUUUUUCUAGAUCGGGGUACAAAAAGGGUCAAAUGCAGGUAUCGUUUAACUGGAGACGUUUCGAUACUACUUGGUACUGGGUUAUUUCGGUCGAUACCUUUUAAAGGUAUCGAGUACCGAUACCCAGCCCUACCCCACAUCCGAACUGACUUGACAGUAGGCAGACAACCUUGAAGGGAUCCAGAGGAAAUAGUACAAGAACACAACCAAAUCUUGAAUUGCUGCACCCAAUUUGUUGGAAGCCUGCGUAAAACAGUGUCUACUACCUUAUCCAGUUCCAAACCAGCUGGAAAAACCACUGACUAAAUACAAAUUAGCUGAUAGUUGCUGCAUUGGACAUUGUACUGUUCACUUCAGCUCUUAAAAGAAAAUGACCCAAAGAACAAGCUAUGUCCAUAAUCCCUGACGGGCGAUUUCAAGUAAUGUGUAAUCAUGGCAAGAAAUAAAAAAUAAAAGGAAAAAAUAUUAUAUUUUAGUUUUACACAAAGUGCUGCUUUAAUGUGUUGCAGGUUUAAGUACACAGCAGAAUCACCGCUUGCAACUCUGUUAACCAAUGAAUUAAAUACUGUGUAUGGCUGUUGAGCAGCAUUGUCUGCUGCAUUUCACAAUCUGUAUGUGUGUUUGUGUGUGAGAAAGUGGGAGUUGACCCCCUUUGCAGACCUGAAGCUGAGGCUGUGUGGGUACUGUCCCUGCCUAGUUAGCCUGUUGUUCAGCUAUUUCUCUAAUUUCCACUCUCAAGUCCAGUUGUUUUCUAUCUUACCUAUGGUAGGCAUCGUUUGUUUACCUUGUUUUUAUUAAUGCAAAACCAUGGGGAUUCAGCAGUUUACUACUAUCUUGAGUGUGUUUCCUGCCAUUAAUCAAAAUGUAACUAGAGGACUGCCAAUAGAAUGUUUACAAGGUGCAUAGUAUUCAUCAUGAUGGCAUUUGUAAAAUUUAAGCAAAUGUGUGAUUGUCGGACUGUCAAGUUGAAAAGUUACAAAAAUUGUCGGACACAGACCCACAAUGCUACUGCUGGAAAAGUGUAGAGAGAGAGGAUUUCAGAUGCUGUUCGAUGAUCCAACAAAAACUUAAUUUGAAGCAUACUGACCCCAUUAAAGUCACAGGCACAAUCAGACAAUCUCUAACAUAAUGAAGCUUCACUCGAGAAAGUAGUUGCAUUUUGAUUGGCUGAGUGAUGAUGCAGGAUGUCAUGUCAUCAAAAUGUUGGGUCAUCUCUGGUCUUGUCAGUUCCAGUCAAACUUCUGGACAGACCUAACACCUGUAGCGAUUACAGUCUGAAUGGACUGGAAUCAUGGUGGACUUUGGAGUUUGGACCCAAGACCUGGUUUGAGUAGGGCCAGUUCCUCUCAUGUUACAUUCAGAUAGCUAUGGUGCAAAUGUUUUUUUGUGUCAUUCAGUUCUACAGUAUCUUCCAAAGGACAUUAUUGAGCUAAGCAAAGGACAUUUUCUUAGCCAUUACUUUAUGGCUUCUCCUAGACUGUAAUUAAUUGUUAUUAUAUUAUUUAUUUCUUACUGCCGUAGAGAUUAUGACAUUCACACUUCUUCCUUAGGACCACAUCUUACCACCCAGUGCAUUGCAGCCUUUUGCUUUAACUGAUAUGGUACCUAAUGCCUAUUGAAAAGGAAUGAAAAGUGAAAAAGAAUAAUCUGGUAAAUAAUAGUUGGAACAAACUGGCAAAACAGCUUUGAAUUCGCCUGGUAUUUCCUAAAAUUAGUGAGUGUGAUCAUCAGGCUAUCUUUAAAUGAUAGUUGGUGAACAGAGCUCAGUUAUGUAGGUAAAUAAAUUGGUAAUUAUGUAAUCGGAACAUUUACCUGUAAAGUACCAUAUAACCGUUACUUUUUAUGUUUUUUAAAGAACUGAAUGCUCUACAGUGAGUGAUGACAGAUUCAUGGCACUAGAAUCCAUAAAAAAAUCUGUACAUUUUUACAGAAGCAUAUUGCAGAAACAAUUGGAGAUGUAAUAAUAACAAGAAAACAAUUUUAGAAUUACAAGAUCUUUAUCUCAUAAUUAUAACAUCAGGCUACUGUAAUAAUAAUCAUUUGCAUAGAUUCUGUCAAGAGUAACUUUAUGGUUUUGUUGCCAAGCAUAAUGGCUUUAAAGUCUGCUAGCAAUAACAACUGCUAUAGUAACAACUGAUAAUUUAUAAUAAAUGUUUAAACAGA